AAGUCUGUCAAUUAAUGUCACUUGAAAGCAACGUUUUAAGUCAGUUGUUACGUUAUUUCUUUGUUGAUCUAUAAAAAAUGUGAUUGGCUGAGUGGCGUUUACUUGACGUACGGUUGAAACAGUUGUUAUAGCAAUACCCGCUUUGACACUUUGAGCGUAACCCAUUCGCGAUUUGGUGUAACAUUGAUUACACUUGUGAAUGGUACCUUUUAUGGGCAUCGUAGAAAGCGUAACACCUACCAGGAUUUAGAGUGACAGAGCGACUUGCAAACAGAAUUGUACAACAGCCAGCAUGAGCAGCGAGUCUGAAGAAGUGCAGCCGAGUAAAGAUGUUGAGGAGAAACUUCAAAUAUUACACCUACCAACAGAGAUUCUUUUAAAAAUAUUCUCUUUCUUGGACGCCAAGUUCCUUGUAUCAUCAGUGAGCUUAGUAUGUAGACAAUUUCAUGCUAUAUUGGUUGAUCCAAACAUGUGGAAGUAUCGAGUGAAGAAAAGGAUGAAAUAUAGCUAUCCUGCAAUUGGUAAUGAGGAUGCUAUUGACUGGCAACGUGCAUGUGUUUCACUGGAAUCUGAACGUUUCUACUGGACCCAUCGACAUGAAACAAUGCUGCAGUUGGAACCUGCGGAUUAUGUACAUAUUGCUGCUGUUGACUCAGUUGCUCUGAUUCAUGGUGGACAGCUCUGUGUCUCUGGGUCGAGAGACAGGAGCUUGGCACUAUGGGAUCUUACGUCAACUGGAUCUGUAAAUGGCUACCUGCGACAGGAUGCUCAUUCUGGAUGGAUCUGGGCCCUGCUUCCUGAUGCAAAAGAGCCUGGAACAUUGUAUUCUUGUUCCUGGGACUACACUGUCAAGUGCUGGGACGUACACAGAGUUCUAGAACAGCGGUCAUCUACUGCGUUGAAGGCAGCCGUUCUCUCAUUAACACAGAUCACUCAUUCGUCAGUGUUGGCCUGUGGCCAGUAUACAGGUCAUGUGGCGUUGGUAGAUACCAGAUGUUCUGGAGAUGGACCUGCAUCUCUGCUGCGGCCCCAUCAUCGUGCUGCUCUCGGGUUAGCUUCUUGGGGCGAGAAUGUUCUCGUCUCUGCCAGUGAAGAGGGUCGUUUAGUUACCACUGAUCUCCGCAGUCCUGACAGCCCCCUCGCCCAACUUACAUUGUCUGAAUGUUUUCCAGAGUCCAGCCAAAUCAAGUCAUACCCAACAUGCCUUUCAGUUCGAGGAAAUUCCUUGUAUGCUGGAGAUUCGAAAGGCUAUGUGUGGUUGUUUGAUGCUACUGGUGGACAACUGAAACUAGUUCAGAGUUUAGAUGUGGAACAUGGAGGCCAAGUAACAGCAGUUCAGCAGCAUGAAGGUGUUGUUCUGACUGCAUCAACAGAUACUACUCUCAGAGCUUUUGCACCAUCUUGCCCUUUGGAACAGCUUUCAUUAAUACGGACUUCAGGGCAAGUGACAGGGUUUGACUAUUUAAAUGGCGUUUUAGUUACUGGAAGCACCAACUGCAAGGUGGAGAUAUAUACUCCACGGAAACGCUGACAUAGGGGGCAGCUCUGGCGGGAGGCAUUCCUGCACUUGGGUGGAUCUGGUGAUGAUACACCUUCAAGGCUCUCACAUUUCGUGACCCGGUGCUUCUCUUGUUGAGGACUAAUAAAUGUGCUUUGUCUGUUUAUGGCCAACGUUGCUGUAGAUCCACUUACUAGUAUUCGCCUUUGGUUUGCCUUAUUUACCUCGUACGUAACUGUAGAAUUGUUAACAUGUUUAUGCUUUCACAGUAAUUUUGCCUUAAAAUAAUACUUUUUUAAAAUUAUUUAUUCAGAGAAGUGUAAUUCGUUGUUUAUAAUUCAGUGUCGCUGUGAAAUGUGUCUUUUAUAAAAGAAAGAGUGCUUCCUAAACAGGAAAAACUGAAGAAUGUUUAUAGUACUAACAAUCAAAUGAUUGUAAAACAAUUAACAGAACUAUUUAAAAAUAUUACAUUAUGUUGUCUGUCUGUCUCUCUCUGUGUGUGUGUGUGUGUGUGUGUGUGUGUGUGAGAGAGAGAGAGAGAGAGAGAGAGAGAGAGAGAGAGAGAGAGAGAGAGAGAUUUUCUAUAAAAAUUCUUUCCUAUUAGUAUACAUAUCUGUUUUUAUAUUUAUUUAUGGAAUGGUGAUCUCUCAGUUGAAAGCAUUAGUUGUUUUAAUCAUUGGGGACCAUAAUUUGUUCCUCUUUCAUAAAGUUACAUUUUAAAAGUUCAAUUGAACAAAAUGUGUGCCUCUUAGAGCAGAUGUGCGUUUUGAAAUUACUCAGAGUGCAGUACACCCAAUGUGUCUUUGUUUUAUAUUUUGUGUUCCUUCUGUAUAGAGGAAAGUAAUUCACUUUGAAUAAAGUUAUAAACGUGGAUGAAAAUGAAAAGUGGCUGACAGUCUACCACACAUCAGCAUGGAUAGUUGCCAUGUUACAGAGUCUCUGUUACCAAAGUGCACAAUGUGACUGUAGCAGCAACAGUUGUGUAACUCUAUAAUGAGUAUAGCCACACAUUCCCAGUUAACAUUAGAUACUGAUAUCAGGUUGCAGGAUUAUAAUGAUGUUAUCACUUUCCUGCCCCAAACAACCAUACAAUGAAUGUGAAUUAGAACAGUUAACAUUACUGAUUCUAAGUGACUGCUCUAACAGCCAUCAGAGGUAGCAGAGUGAAUUAAAAUCAUUAGCAGAACAGAAAAUGUGACCUGGCUCAUUUCCUUAUUAUGUGUCGCCUUAGUAACUCUACUGUAAACAUGUAGCUGCCAAACACUUGGCUAUACUGAACAGUUAUAACUAGUCUUCUGGUUUUUAUUUGCCAAGAGUGCACAGAUAAACUGGUAUGCUUUCUUCACAACCACAGCAAGAUGGCACAAUGCUGCCCUCAUUGCCAGAUGCACACACAACUUGAUUGGGCUAUCCCUAAGUUUUAACAUACAUUGCAUUUUUUACAAGAAGUAACUGUUAUACGCCGUGUGUUUGGUAAUUUGGAGACAUUUCUCCCUUCCUUCAUUUUGUAUUUAACAGCUGUACUUGUCUAAAGGCCAAGGCACAAUAUUUUAUGAAAGAUGCAAUAAUCUAUAGUGAGUGUUUAUUUUGUUAUAUUUUGUGCCUGAGAAGAGGGAAAUGUUUUAUAAAAGUAAUACAUUGUUUGUAAGAGGGGAAAAUUGUUGGAAUGUAUUUCCACUUUACUGAUGACUUGCAGGUGCAAAUAAUUGAUUUAUCUGUGGUUGGAAGACCAAUUGUUGGUUUGUGUUGAAGGGAAAAGUCAAUUAAGAAAACUUGAAAUUAAUAGGAAAUUUAAAAUUACUUUCAGGGGUUGGAAGAUCUAUUAUUAGCACUAUUAAAAGCACUUAAAGUAGCAAAUAAUUAUGCUUGUUUUCAGAACUUCCAAGUGCUUUCUUCAUGGAGGAAAGAGGGAUUGAUUGGACAAGGGUGAAGCAUAAUCCAUGUUUUUGUAACUUGUAUGUUUCUUUGUUCCUCUGAGAGAGAAAAGGAAAGAUUGAAGGAGGUUGCAAAGAAAGGGG